AGAGAGAGAAGCGCCAACACCCAGAGACGCUAGCCAGCCCCGAAGGACGUGAGCCAGGGAGGCGGGUCCCGCCUGGGGGCAGGGCCACCGCGCGGUUAAAGGCCGCUUCCUCCCCCCGGCGCUGCUCCCGCUGUCGCCCCGGUGCCCACCCCGUGAUGACUUGGUCUCCACUCCUGCCGUUCCUACCGGUGCUGCUGCUGCUGCUGCUGCAGGUCCCCGCGGCGGCAUGUACAUCCCCGCUGGAUACGCUCCCCGAGGGGGCGGCCCCCUGCAAGGCCGGUGACCUGUGCCCAAAGGUGCCCCUCCAGAAGUCCAACUCCCCACCUGUCAAUGUGAGCCUCUACUACGAGGCACUGUGCCCUGGCUGUCGGUAUUUCCUGGUCCGAGAGCUCUUCCCGACGUGGCUGAUGGUCCUGGAGAUCCUCAAUGUCACACUGGUGCCCUAUGGAAAUGCCAAGGAACAGAACGUCAGUGGCAAGUGGGAGUUCACAUGCCAGCACGGGGAAGAGGAGUGCAAGUUUAACAAGAUCGAAGCGUGCCUGUUGGACCAGCUGGAGAAGAAUGCGGCUUUCCUGACCAUUGUUUGCAUAGAGGAAAUGGAUGAAAUGGAGAACAAUCUGAAGCCAUGCCUGCAGCUCUAUGCCCCAAAAGUGUCCUCGGACACCAUCAUGGAGUGUGCGCUGGGGGACCGUGGCAUGCAGCUCUUGCACAUGAAUGCCCAGCUUACGGAUGCUCUGCAGCCACCCCACGAGUAUGUUCCUUGGGUCGUCGUCAAUGGGAAACCGUUGGAAGAUAUGAGCCAGCUCCUAUCCAUCGUGUGUGAGUUGUACCAGGGUGAGAAGCCAGAAGUCUGCCCACUCAUGGCCAGAUCCCGCAGGAACGUCUGCCUCAAGUGACAGCUGUUGCCCUUGGAGGGAACUGAUGGAGGAAGAUAGAGAUCCCACCUGCCCCCAUUUUUUCUGAUAUCAGUUCAGCAGCUAUGGCCUGUCAUCUAGAUAACUUAUGCAUUCUGUGAAGCCCAAACAACAUUUUGCCCCAAGAUCAAGACUCUUGCCUUAGUGAGAACGGUGCUACGUUGAAACUAGUUUAAUAAACCCUUCUGGAUGUUGUGACAACAUCUAUCUCUUCAUUUCCCCCACUCCCCAGCCCCUGGCAACCUCCAUUCCUCUGUUUCCCAAAUUUGACUGUUUUUAGAUUCCACAUAUAAGUGAGAUCAUCCAGUAUUUGUCCUUCUCUGUCUGACUUAUUUCACUCAGCGUAAUGUUCUCCAGGUUCCUCCAUGUUGUCACAAAUAGCAGGAUUUCCUUCCUUUUUUAUAGCUGAAUAAUAUUUAACUUGUCCUUUUUGUUAAAAAGACUCUCAGAGAAAGACCUUCCUCGGCAGCGCUCAUUGAGUUUGCCC